AAACGAAUUCUAUGUUUUAAAGACCAUUUAUUAUUGGAAAUAUAUUUUCGCUAUGUGUAAUUUCUUUUUAGUUAACACCAUUCAAUACAAUCGAAUGUCUGAAACUUAAGAUAAAUUAUCUUAUUAGUUGACGAUAAAUGAUGCCGGGAAAAAUGAGGAAAGUGUAAGUAUCAUUAAAUAUUCCAUUCUCUACAAAUGCUCAUGCUCGCAUUGCAUAUGAUGUCAUUAAUGUUGACAAAGAACUUAAAAGUGUGUUGAGAAGUUUAACUGUUGAAGAUACUAACCUUAUUAUAAAUUUUGAAGGAGACAACUACAAAUUUUUAAGGCUUUCAGUGAAUGGAUUGCUUCAAAAUUUAAGUUUAGUUACCAAAACUAUAAGUUUGUUUAGCUUGUAAGAACUAAGAAGUAAAAAACAUGCCAGAACAUACACCAGCUCCCAGUCCAGCGCGAUCAGUUUAUGGCUUUUCAAUGUAUUUGUUUAGUAAAACAGUGCUUUCAGUGUAUUUGAUAUGGGCCAUAGUUCCUAAUGAGUAUUUUCAUUACAUGUAUAUUUAUUAUAUACCACAAAAAUUUUGGUCAACAGCUGUACCCAUACAAUGUUUAGUUGCAUUGACAUUAUUUGCUUUUCUGAUCUAUCCCAGUUCUAAUCUUAUGUUAGCAUUAACAUGUGAUAGUAUAAACUCUAUUUGGGAUAAGUUUAGUUGUAAAAGUAAUAAAAUUAACAAAUAUCAGAGUUCUAUUCGGCCUGUUUGUAUUUGUAAGACAAAUGAAAAAUGUAGAAAAAAUUUUUUUUCUACAACACCUAAAGAUUUAGAUGAAAAUACUGUACCACAAUUGUACGAUUUAGAUAUACGUUAUGUUUGUAAGAAGUUGUAUUUGAAUAGAAAUAAAAAUAUUUAAAUGUUA